CCCGGACUGGCGCGCCAAAUUUCAAAGGACUUCCUCCUGGGAGGAACGAAGGCGAGAGGAGCUGCACCGACGCCCGGCGAUAAAUUUACUACAUUAAAAAUUAAAAUAAUAAUAUUGAAGUUUACGGGUUUGUGAGCGGGGGGUCUCGUCGGUCGAGCUGUCGACGGUGGGUCGCCCGGCGUCGCUUUUGAAGGAGUAACUCUCGUCCGGUGUUGGGUGCAGCUGUGUCAUUGUUAUCACUUCUGUGUCUUCUGCGUCGAACCCCGGCCGGGAUUUUAAUCUACCUCACACAUGCACCCACUCGCCUCCUGACAGCUGCUCAGACCUACUAGACCCACGAGUUUUUUUUUUACUAUUUGCUGCACCUUUCUCGUCCACAUCACAUCUGCUCUUUGCUCGCAAAAAACCCCCCCCCCACUAGAAUCCGGCCCGGGCCUCCACUCCAUGCGGGAUUUAGUCUGUUUGAGCUGGAGCUCGUAGCCGAGUGCUGCACCUCAUUUUCCACACUUCACCCGGCUUUAUACAGUGCUCCGUGUCCUCAUUAUUUAUUCAUGUAUGCACGGCAGGGCACGGCGAGACAUCAGCUUUCCAUACUAAUGCAAACACCUGUCGCUCGAAGCCGCUGCACCUGCCUCUAACCUUCACACUCGGUGCUCGCGGUGACUUGCGAUUUGGAAUAUUUUAAUCUUUGGUCAAACACAGAUGACUUCAGCUUAAGUCUUCCACACUGAAGAUGGAUCCCAGCGUCCUGUAACCCCCCCGCUGGUUGGCUCUUCGCUGUGGCAGACGGUCGGACCCUUCAGCCAUGCUGUCGGGGGUGCAGCCGUGCUUCCAGCUGCUUCGGAUCGGGUCGUCGGCGGGCGACUCGGCGCGCGACCUGUACACGUUCAGGCCGGCGCUGGGCCACUCCGUGUUCCGCCUGGGCCGGGCGGCCGAGCUGUGUGACGUCACGCUGGACUCCAGCUCGGUGUCGCGCAUCCACGCCGAGCUGCACGCCGAGAGGGAGGCGGGGGCAGGCGACGACUCCCGGCAUCAGGAGGACGAGGACGACGACGACGAUGAUGGAUGGACGGUCCACGUUAAGGACCGGAGCAGUCAUGGCACAUGGGUGAAUGACGUCCGCCUGCAGCCCGGCAUUCAGUGGGAGCUCUCCGACGGGGACACGCUGACGUUCGGGGGCCAGUCGGCUCCAGGGAGCCCCGAGUUCUACUUCCUCUUCCAGAAGGUCAAAGUUCGCCCGCUGGACUUCGACGCCAUCACAAUCCCUAAGGCGGGGACCUUUUCCUCCGACAUACAGAACCGGAUCCGGACCAACCUGGACCGCAAAGAGGCCGCCAACCUGGACCUGUCCAAGCUGUCCAUCAACCGGGCCACCGUCAUCCUCAGCUCCAUCGGCAGCCUGAGCAAGAUGAAGGGCAGCGCCUGGACCUUCAAGAGGAGCCACAGCCACGAGGGGACCGUCUCCGACCCGGGCACCUCCUCCUCGCCGCCGCUCGCCGUGGGCUUCUCCUCCCUGCUCCCGCCCUCCACGCCCCCGUCCUUCUCCUCCGCGGCGUCGGCGCCCUCGGCCAAGUCCCUCCCGGCGGCGUCCCGGAGCAGGAGGAAGUCCGCCCACACGGUGCUCCUGGAGGACGACAGCUCGGACGAGCCCCGGAGCCGAGGAGCUUUAGCAGGAGUCGUGGAGGACGGGCUGAGAGCGAGAGGGAAGAAGAGGCGGCGGCUCUACAAGUCUGAGUCCGAGGGUUUGAGCUCGCCUCCGCCUCCUCCGCUGCAGCAGCCCAAGGGCCACGUCGACGUGAGGAGGCCCCUGGAGGCCAAGCCGUUCCCCGUGGGCAUCAGGACCAUCGGCAGCUUCCACGGCGCCAUGACGAACAGCCGCCUCAACCACCACCUCCUCCAGGCCUCCUUCACCAACGUCAGCGUCCGCAAGCCGGAGGCGGACGCCGUGCACCGCGUCAAGACGGUGGUGCACGGCAACAUCGCGGCCUUCCGGCAGCAGAAGCCGGCGCACAGCUCCCCGGCGGCGCAGAGGGGCAGGCGGAGAGCGCACAGCUCCCCCGUGUUCUCCCCCCUGGUGGUGGGAGGGGAGAACUACAACCUGGCCUCGCCGUCGGUGAGGAUCCGCACGGAGGAGAGAGGCCGGGUGCAGUUCAGCAGGUUCCAUCAUCAAACAAGUAAACGACGAGGCCGCCCCAGAAAACACCCCCUCCCCCCCCGGCCCUCCCUCCCCUCCCCGUCCUCCUCGUCUUCCUCCUCCACCUCCUCGGCCUCCUCCUCCUCCGGCUCCUCCUCCUCGUCCUCCUCCGACGACGAGGACGACGACGAGGAGGAGGAGGAGGGGGCGGGGACGACGUUCGGCGGCGUGGAGCCGUGCGCGGCGCCGCACUGCCGGCUGCCCCAGCAGGACACGGUGCAGUGGAUCCAGUGCGACGUGUGCGACGCCUGGUACCACAUAGACUGUCUGCACGUCGGCCGCAAGAAGCUGGUGAUGGACCCCAACGCCGACUUCCACUGCGGCUGCCGCUGACGCGAGCGAAUCCGAGUUCAGCACAGAUCAAACGAAACGAAAAAAAAAAUCCACACUUUUUUAACUUUCCAGGUGCCACAUUUUCUCUUUAAAUGUUUAUUUCCCUUUCACUUGCCACAUCUAACACAAACAGAGCUUUUCUAUUGCAGCGGGUGAAAGCUAGAAAAAAAAGAAAAAGAAAAAAGGAUUUCCUUGAUUUUUUUUUUUUUUUUUUUUUACAUGCUGAUGUUUCCAAGGUUUAGGAUUUGUGACUCAUCAGUCACACAGCUACUUCAUAAGCCCCCGGCCCACCACUCGAUUUCAGAGCUCAGGCUUCGGAAAAAAAGGAGGCAAAACUGUAAUGAAAUGUCUCCGCUCGGAUUUUCAUUACGGCUUCGACUGCCUGGAGAGGAGCGAUCAGGGCGGGAAAACAUGAUGAAAUGUUUGAGUUCGUUCCCGUCGCGGCUGUUGUUGACCGGGGGAGUGAAGCUGCUGCGUUCAGGAAGAUUAAUGAAUUGUUUCCUGUCAGGCCGAAACGAAAACCUCGAUGCCUUCGCGGUUUUCACUGACCAGGCACCGUAGGACCUUUCAUUUGUCCCUGGGCGGCCACCUCAGCGAUAAUCAGACUUCAUUAAAUAUUUCUGUGCAGCUUUUUUGUGCACGAGUCGGGCCUGUGAUUUCUUUUUUUUUUCCCAUAAAAAGACAAUUAAAUGCCAUGAAAUGUCAGCAGACUGUCUGUUGCUGCUGAUGAGAAGUGCUCUCCGGGUGAUAAUCAAACCGCUCUUCUGCAGAAGCGGCCGUGGGAUUUUGGGAGGAAUGUGGGAUCGUAUUCGUAUGAAAUGAGCGCAGGCGGCUGCUGCUGCUGCUGCUGCUUGUGGACGACUAAUCACCAGUGAAAUGUCAAGAAACAUCCACCCAUGUUAACCAGGAAAGAAAAUGAACUCAUCGUCUCUGAUCGGUGACACGGAUCUUUUUUUAAUUUCUCUUCACACUACGAACGUCUGGGGCCAAAGUGGCUGGUUUUUGUCCCAGGUGGAUUCAGUCUCAGCUUUUGUUUGAGCGUAAAAUCAGCUUGUAGCUCCCAAAAAAAAAAAAAAAAAAAGUUAAGCACCUUCCUUCUAUUUAAUUUUCAAACUUUCCGUCAUCAGAACAUUUUCACCAGCACCACCGUCAUAAUCUCCGGAGCUUUUUCUUUCAUCUGUAGCCGUUUUGUAAAUGAUCCUCCGCUGUUGAUAUUGUGUAAAAACUCAUCUUGAGACGAACCUGCAGUUUUUUUGCAAGUGCGUCGGAAAGUUGGAGAAAAUGAUUUUUAAGCAAUAAAAUGUUACAAAAAAAAAAUAAAA